UAAAGCAAACAGAAGAAUUUGAUGAGGAAACGGAAGUAUUGUCUGCAGAUUUUUUUAAAAUGAUGCCAGCUGAAUAUGUGGAUAUUGAAGAAAAGAUUGAAGAGGAGGCAAAGCUUCUGUUUGUGCCUGGCAGUUCAUCUGGUAUGAUAUUUUUAAGAAUUACUAUGAAACUGGUAUCCAAUGCUUUAGUAUCUUUUAGUGAGAAAAUGCCACCGAAUGUCAAACCACGCUUUCUGGAGGACGAAGGGCUGUAUGUCCGUGAGAAACCUGAAGUAUCCAGAAAAAUACGGAAUAAAAUGGAGAAUCGUCUUUUUAAACAAGAAAAGGGAAACCAUUGGUUUGGAGAAGACGGUAACCUGAUUGCAUUAUCUGAUCCAAUAAGUCAAUCUUGGAAUAACAAACCAGAUUUUCCAUUUGAUGAACGUGACCCAGCUAUUAAGACUGUAUACAAGAAAGCAAUCAAAUUCAAACUGGAACGUUCUGUUAUUUGUGAUCUUGAAAACUGUAGUUGGGUGUGCCAGCUGGAUCUGAAUAUUUCAAGUCUGGUAUUUACCCAUCACCCUCUAUUUAGCCGUGAGCAUGUUCUGGCUGUCAGGCUAAUCCAACUUUAUGACCAUUACCUAUGCCGACAGCAGAAGAAUCUCACUCACUUGUUGUCAGAAAAGCUAAGAGCUUUAAAUCAUAUUGCAGGAAGCACAGAAACUAAUUUGAAUGACAGUUCCCACAGAGUAAAAGAUUUUAAGAAACAAAUAAGAGAAACAAGAAAGAUACUUGAAGAUGAGCGACAGGCAGAUAUUUUACUAUUUAAGGAUAUUAUGAUGACUUGGAAACAGAUCAAAUCCUUGAGGAAAAUCCAAGGAUAUGCUAAUACAAAGGUUAAAUUGCAGGUUCAAAGGCUAGUUGGAGAAAAAGUUACAGAAGAGGUUUCUGCACAAAAAAAUGCAAAAGAACAGGAUCGUUUAAACAAGGGCAAGUUAACAGAUAAACAGAAAACUGAGGAAUGCACCAAAAACACAGAAAUAACCGAGCUGUAUAUGUGCUGUGAUCUUGAAGAGAAACGAGAGUCACAAGUAUCUCAAACCCAUCAGGAAUCAAAAGAGCCAGCACUGGUUCCUGUACUAACAAUGGAUAGGAAAGCAACUCCUACAGAAAAAUGCCCAUUAGGGGAACAGAGAAGAAGAAAUGAAAUACUGAAGACCAGGUUUCUUUUAAAAAUAUUUUACAAUGAGAAACAAGUUUCUUGCUCAAAGAUCUCAUUUUUGGGCUCUGAUUUUACAGUAGAGUUUCAGCAGAUUUUCAGCAUACAAAUAAUAUACCUGCCGGAAAGCAUUAGGCUUGAGAUCUGUGAAAGCAUAGGAAGAAAUAGCAACAUUUUGGCAAAUGUCUACGUGCCCAUCCCUGACGGAAAUGUGUUGUCUGGCAAUGCUAUACUGGAUCAGGCAGAGUUCAGUAGUGACCAGAUAGUGAUGACCAGUCACGAAGGUGUAGGAAGUAACAUUCCCUGUUCGUCUGAGGAGGACAGUACUGUGGGACCCUGUUUGCUUACUUCCGGGAAACUCUUUUAUUCAGUGUCUUGGGCAGUGGAUAAGAAUGGCGUAGCGCUUGGCCCGGCUGUGCCUCAAUCUAAACAAAGUACCUAUUUCAGUGUGUUGAAAAAUGUAAAUCCAUGGCUCAGCAAUAAACAGAAACUUGUGGAAUGGGCUAAAGAAGCUCAAAUUGAUCCCAACGAUCCUAACAACACUGACUUAGUGCAGCUCAUGAUGUAUGCAUCAGAGAUGGACAGGCAGGUGGCUGCAGUGCAUUUUCGUCUUGAACAGUUCCAGGAAGAAUUCAACUUUGUUACCGAUGAAGAAUUCGAAAGUUCAAAACGCUUCCGGCUCCUGCAGUUGCGUAAUUCUGAAGUCUCUGAAUUCUGCGGCUUCAAACAAAUACCUCUUUAUGACAGAGAGAUACGAGAUUCAAUUUUUGAGGACUAUGAAAGCCAGCUUAAGUUGCCAUUAAAGAUUACUGAUGAGGAUCCAAUUACAGCACAGAGAAUUUGGUCUGUUAACUAUGUGCGAAAGGUGUUAAACCUAGCGAGGAAAAAACUUUUAAAAGUCAAAUGCAGAUAUAAGCUGUCAGAUAUAGUGGCUGAAUAUGAACAAGUUGACACUAUCACGCAGCUGAAUCUUGCCAUAUUCAAACAUAAGCACCGCCUAAAGCCCACGAGGAAGGAGAGGAAGAGCGUUCCUGCACAAGUUCUUUCAGACGGAGAUGUCAAGCUGCUUGUAACCGUAGCCAGAGCGUACAACAUACCGGCUCGCAGACACUCACUUACUAGAGGGCCCUCCUUCUAUGGAUCAGCUUGUUCACUAGCAAGAAUAUCUAGCAGCAAACAUAUUCUAAGGAUGUGUACCUCGGAAGAUGACAAUAAUCAGGUUCCAAUACAGCCAUUUGUAGAAGUUGAAUUUCAACAAUCGGUGGAUCGUACAAGCACAGCAACUGGAUCACAGCCCUGUUGGAAUGAGGAGCUUCGAUUGGAUUUCAAAUCAAUGGGAGGAGAUUACAGCUAUUCAGGCUUGUCCAAAGUCAAAGACAAAAUAUUUAUUAAUGUGUUUGAUGAAAUUGCCGUUGAUGUACAGGAGAGUCACUGCGUCCAGGGCUGUGGUGUCCAAACAUAUAUGGGAAGGCAGUGGCUUGGAUCAAUCACCCUCCCUUUCAGUUCUGUCCUUCAGCAAUCAAAGGUGAGUGGCACAUUCCGUCUCAAUACUCCCCUCACCUCAUUGGGAUACACUUGGAAAAAGGAGGAUAUGAUGCCUGAUGCACAAGACAAUGAUCUCAGUCAAACAGAAAGUUGCUUCUUAUCAAUUUUUGUCACGGUUGAUCCACAGAUCUCCACUAAUGAAACUGACACAGAAAAGGAAAGUCCACAGAAACCUAUGUGGCUGUUUUCUACAAAUGAAGACGAGAAGCUGUUAGAAGUGGCAUAUACAUAUGAAAAACACUGCAAGACCAUGCACCCUCUGAGAAGACUUCUAACCACUGUCAUUGAUACUGAAGGAAGAAAGGUGUUUGCAACAAGAUACAUAAAAGCAUUGCCUCCACCCCAGGAACUACUACAAGCUCAUUCAGAGGGAGUGCAAGUGACCUCUGAUCUUGUGGCUAGAUUUGUGUCUCUGAUUCCCUUACUUCCAUACACUGUUGAUGUUGGAGAUGAUUGUGAAAUGUGGCUCACAUCAGAGGAAUGCAUUGAGUUUGCUGUUGGAACCAAAGCAGGGCUGGCAGUUCUCUUGUGCAACUAUUUCCUUUAUAUGGGCAAGAAAACAUGGUUGCUCCUAGGAACCUCCGUCUUGGAAGGAGAAGCAGCAUACGUGGUGACUCAAGAAAACCGAGACUAUGUGCUUUGGAACCCUAGGACUGGGGAAUGUUAUGAGCAGUUUGAUGUAUUUUGUCCAUUGCAGACUGCUGAUUGCUUAAUCAAUGAACACAAUAUAUGGUUCAAUUUACAACAACAUAACGCCCUGAUGAAUGUGAAUUUUGAAAUUUCAAAAGAGGCCUUUUGGAAGCCAUUAUUCCCUAAUGAUUUUCCAUCCUCUGUACCACUUUCAUUACAGCCAUCAGAAAUAUCGUACCGUCCAACUACUACAAGAUUUGUUGAAGAGUUGGAAAGAAGAAUUGAAAAAACAUUAAAAAUGAAACUAAUGGAAUGGAGAUCCCACCACCCGACACGAUGGCACCGCCAGUGCAUUGUAAUGUUCCGGCAGAUUCUUCCAAGGCUGGAAUGUAACCCAGGUGCUGCUGUUUUAGAAGAGCAGGUACUGGAACUAGAAACUGUGCUUAAGGAAUACAAGGUUACUGGUUUUCCAGUUCAGAUGCCAUAUACAGAUGUGAAGACAGUGAUUGAAACAAUCCACAGCACUGGUAUUCACAAUACUGAGAUCCCCGGGACAGAGUUUGCUAUUGCUGUUUACAUUCAUCCGUAUCCAAACAAUAUAUUGUCUUUGUGGAUCUAUCUAGCUUCUUUGGUUCACCAUCAAUAUGGAACAGCAAGGUUGGACAUUAAUGUACCUGACAAAUGA